GCAUAUAAAAUAAAAAAGUACGUUACAUAGAAAUGUGAAUGAAGAAAGAGGGAGGUGGUGACACACCCGCCAGUGAGCGUAGGACCAAAGGCAGCACCAAACCAACCCAUCUUUAACCAUCUGGUCGGGUUAACUGAACGUGGGGUUAGGUUAUGAUAACCCACGUGGGUUUAAGACCGUUUGAGUGAAUUUUUACACAAACGGUCAAAUACAUGACAUAAAGCUUUCUCCUCUGCUCAUUUUCCCACACCACAUACGCUUUAUAUAUCUCUCAUAUUUAAUUCACUUCAAAUAUAAAUUGUAAAAUUUAAAUAAAAUAAAAAAAUAAAUAAAUAAAUAAAUAAAAAAUAAAUAAAAAAGCCUAAAACUUUGCCUACUCGUGCUCGUAUAUAAUAAUGUCCCUUCUCUUCUAAUGCUCUUUAAUUUCUGCCAACAAAAAAUUCAAGAAACCCUUUCUUCGUCACUCUCCUCUCCCGUAGCUCACUUUCUUGCCCUCCAUUGAAAUCUGAGCUAUCUGUUCAGGGUUCUUUGAGUUUUUGAGCUUGAAUAUUGCUUUCAGUUAUGGCUGUUCUCGUAUUCCUAGUGUUCUUUCUUGCCCUGACUGGUCGAUCUUAUGCCAACUAUUGUUUGUGUAAAGAUGGGGUUGGCCAACAAGCUCUUCAAAAGGCUCUGGAUUAUGCUUGUGGAGCUGGAGCUGAUUGUUCUCCAAUCCUCUCCAGUGGCGCUUGUUUCCAGCCCAACACUGUUAAAGAUCACUGCAAUUAUGCCGUUAACAGUUAUUUCCAGCGAAAGGGUCAAGUCCAAGGAAGCUGUGACUUUAACGGCGCCGCCACGCCCAGCGUUACACUCACUGCCUCUGUGACCUCUGGUUGUGUCUAUCCUUCUAGUCCCAGCAAUGCGGGAACAUCGCCGACAAACUCCGGCGGAACCACACCGACGAUGACACCAGGGACGCCGUCAACGACGAACCCAGGAAUGACACCGACGGUGUUCGGUAACGGAAUCAGCCCGAGUGGGAGCGGCUCCGGUUUCAACGACGGUAGCGGCGGCGUGGGUUUCAAUGAAAAUAGGAACUUGCUUUUGGCAGUGGGGCUAACUCUGUGGCUUUCCGUAUUGUUUCUCUGGGGAUGAUGAAAAUGGCGGAUCGGAUGGUGGAUCUCGAUGAAUGGUUGAGAUUUUGCCACGUACGUAGGGGUGAAGGGGGGUUACUUUUGACAAUUGGCUUUGGAAGGAAGAAUCUAGAGGCAAACCCCACUAGGGUUUUUUCUUUCUCUUUUUUUUUUUUUUUUUGGUUAUUUUUUUGUUAUUUCUAAUGUUAUUCCAUUAAGAAAAAAGGGGGAAAAAAAAAAGGAGGAAAAUGGGGGAGGAUGUUUGAUUCCUUUUUUUUGAAUGGGGAGGAGGAUGGACUGGAAUCUCUCAUGAACGAUUUUUGGGGGGUUGUGUUGUUGUAUAUGUGCUAGAGUUAUUUAUUUUCUAAUUCAUGUUGGUGUAAUGUAACAUUCUCCAUUCACUUUGAUGAA